AUGGGGUGUGGCUCAUUUAGAGGAAUUGGUAAGUUCAUCAUACUUUUCAAAAGUUCUUCUUAAUUAUUCCUUCGUCUGGACCUAGCCCUUCUACGUCUACACUUUGUUCUGUGCAUGUCAGUCUCCUAGAAUCUUUAUGUUAUUCAGAAUUACCACUGAUAUUUUUCAUCAACAAUAAAAGGGAAAACUCUUUUUAUUUUCACACAUUAUAGCGAAGCUUGCGCAAAACGCGUGCAGCGGAGCGCCAUGGGUAAGAAAAAAUGGUAACCUGUGGAUGUGAUGAAUUUUGUAAGUCAAGUGACCGUCCUUCCGUCCGUCCGUCCGUCCGUCCGUAGAUCCGUCCACCCCUUACAUGUGACCAAUGUCAAAUGUCACACUUGCUACCUAUAAGACAUAAAAUGACAACACCUUGUCAGUUGUACACGCCGUCUAUAAGUGGCUGAAUUGACAGCUGUCAAGAUCGGGUAACCGCUGACAAACAUCACAUGACCGUCUCGUUGGCUCAGGUAAAAAGACCUAUCCUUUCGCCCCUACAUGUUAGCCGAUGUAAAAUGUCACGCUUACCGACACAGAAAUGAAACUACGUUUUCAUUAUUUUAAAGUUAUGAGUGAACAUUAACUGCAAAGGACCGCAAACGAAUAUGUCCUAGAACAUCGGAUCUAUAGAAGAGCUGAUCAGGAAAAAUGUACCAAGUAAACACUUUGAAAUCUGCAAAGCUGAUCGUGCAUUUUGAAUGUUGUCAAUGUUUUGCAUUCAAAAGAUGCAAUAAAAUUCACACUGAUGUGUACUAGUCGUGGAGGUAUGUAUGGUGCGCAUGGUAUGUUUCGAAAAAAUAGCACAGCAUCAAAACAGUGAAUGUUGUUGUUGUUCGAAGACGAAAUAACAUAUUGGUCGAUGGAUGUUUUCUACUUUUUUAGGUGUACUAUGCAAGAAAAAAACCUGUGCUUAUAUCCUGACUGCCAGACUGUGCCGAGAAAUAGGCCAAAGUUAAGAAGAAAUUCUACGAGGUUGUUAAGAAGUUAGAAAUAUUGUAAAUGAAUAAUAAAACAAAUAUUGAAUUCGGCUUUCGAAUGAUGUAAAGAAUAUGAAGAUCUGGGAGGAUGUUAUCCACCUCGACCUAUCAGAUAGCUUAUUCUCACUUGAAGGUUUUAGAGAGCUUUGCCCUUUUUAACUGCACAAGAAAAUACAACCGAUUUGAAGCCUUCUUAACUAUAUCAUUGAUGAUUAAAUUUUGAACCUCGGAUAAUGCAUUUCUCGUAUUCUGAUUGGUUCACUCAAUCUCGGUUAUCAGCUCAUAUACCUUAGUUUGACCUUAUAUGGAAAACAACAAAAUUUCUCUCGGACAAAGCGGCGGAAAAAAGUAGAUUUCGCGAGCUUUCUACCGACUAAACAACAGAAAAAUAAACAGAAAAUGCCAUACCGGCAACGACAAAAAAGUCAGAAACUUUGGUUUGAAAUUAUUUAAUGGUACUCCGAAGUUUCGUUACAAUUUUAAAGAAAUCAUAAGCUUUAAAAUUCUUCCGUACUUCGAGCUGAUUACAGUGGGGAACUUAAGAACCACGACGAAGUUCACGACGACGACGUCUGUUGACUGGGAGAAGACUGGAACGAGAACGUCAGUUUCGGCGGGAAAAAGGAAAGUUAAGAUGCAGUCGGUCCGUAGGUCGACGACGACGACACUGAAUGUAAACACAAAUGUAAAACUGUGAUGUUCGUUCGCAACAAAGUUUUUCGCAAUUGCGUCUUUUAAAACAAUACAAUAUCUUAUUUUUAAGCCGUACGUUUAAUUUCAUUAACGAUGAAGAAUUUUGUUGUGUUGUCUGACCUUUUAGAGUGGAAAAACACCUACUUUCCAUAUGAAAUUAUUCAACUUUCAACGUCAAUGAGAUGACCGAGUCCGAGCGUCUGUCAGAGUUUAGAUUUCGAAAAAGAGACAUUCUGAUGUGAUAGCUGUUUUCCAUGUAAAGUUUAUUUCCUCUAUAUUAAAGAUAUAUGAUUUGCCUUACCUAAAUACGUACAAAUAAAUUUAUCAUUUACGAGUUCGCUCGCUCGGCCUCCACAGCUAUUGUCAUUCUUCGAAGUAAAAUCAAUUCAUUAGUCGAAUUUUCAAUCAAUAUUGCUUGUUAGGAGAAAAAAGGAACGAUACCUGGAUUCACGAGGAUAAGAAAAUGCAAAGGACUUCAAAAAUCGCUUAAAACAGUGGAUUUAUACCAGCCGAAGCUUGUGGAUUGCACGACGACGUGAUUCUACUUUGUUUGGCGUCGUCGACGACACCACGACGAAAAAAUUUACUGGUCGCACUUGCGCAGUACACGCUAACUCACUUCCAGUCGUCGUCGACCAAGUCGUCGUCUUAAGUUCCCAAAUAAUGUAACAACAACAACAACUACAAAGUUUACUUUAAAUAUUUUCAGGAUGGCUUACAAGUCCUUGCAGGAGUAAGUUUUGCGUGUUCGAAGAGCCUUUACGCCUCUUAACACUUUCGCGAGUCCAUAACGGACCAUAACGGGCCUCAAGUGAAUCCUACAACGAGCGGCUUUCCACUGAAUCAGGUUGAACAACAACAACAACAAAUUGAUUAAUGAAGCUGGGUCUUUGUGCAGCUCCGAUUCGGUGGAGGAAGAAAACGAAAUUGAAGAGCAAUCAGGUGGACCUAUCCAGCGUCAAAUUCAACAGUCACAGCGAGGGAAAGCGAAAACAGUCCAUGUCGAGAAUAGUUUAAGCACAGCGAACUUCCCUUUCAGAUUUCUCAUUCAACUAAGUUCGCAAACGGCGCACAAGUCAUAUGAUUUUCCUUUGGUUUACCGGAAGUUACGCUAGUAUCCAUCCUCGGAGAGCCAGGGGCAGUUAGUCGGGUCGAUAAAAUGUCCGUGGUGAAAAUUUACUGUAAGAUCGAGAGUAAACUUUCACCACGGACAUUUUAUCGACCCGACUAACUGCCCCUGGCUCUCCGAGGAUGGCUAGUAUCCGGUCGUAUUGUAAUAUUUAAAAUGAAAUUUACUAAAAUUCAGUUGUAAUAACCAGACAUUUGGAGUUUUAAAAAAAUAAUAAUAAAAAAAGCAAUUAUUCCAUUCGCGCUUGUUGGAUAUAGGAUAGUUAUAGCCAACUCGGCGCUACGCGCUUCGCUGGCUAUUUACCACCUCAUAUCCAACGCGCGCUUAUGGAAAAAUUGUUAAAUAAACAGCCAGGCUGCCGUGCUUGGAAACGAGGUUGAUCGAUUGUAAAUAAUGAUUUAUACCAUCGAAUCGAUAGUAUAUUGCUCGUAUCAAGCGCUAGUUGAUCAGUUUUUGUCUGAGGCAAGUUUUGUGAUCUGUCGUCGGCGGCAUCUGUGAAAAUCGUCUUUAAAGUAAGAAAAUUUGUAAAAAUGUACGCGACAAACCAUCCACACUUGUUAAAAGUUGGUGUUGACAGAAAAUCUGCCUAAAUGACGGCUUUGAACUGCUAUUGCGGGUAGGCUAUAUUUCUCAAAAUUUCUCAAAAAAACAGCGUUACGUGACGACACUUAAAACGGCUGCAAAGGAGACUUGGCACAGAUAUGAGCGUUGAAAUAUUAUUUUUCAAAGCUGAAACGUUGCUUUUUAAAGCAACAGUGAGAAUGGAGACCGCUGGCAAUGAAUGACCUCAUGAAUUUAGGUCUGACUCCAGACUACGCGUAGGUAGAACAAAAGCAAAAUGCGUUUUUUCGUUUUCCGAUCCUCAAAAGUACCUAGCCAGUAGCUCAUCGCCCUCUAAAUGAUCACUGAUAAAGGUUUCCUGCCCCAAGUACCGAUCUAGAUAGAGUAUAAAAUAAAAACACAUUUCUGUUCUGAAUUUUCAAAAUAAAAAUUCAAAUAACCAUUCCUUACCUGCCAUUUGUCCUCUACGUCCUCUGUAGUCAUUUCAAAUGUUCUCUUUUAAAGAUCACGUUACCUAAAGGAACGACGGGCUCAGGGUAAGGGAAGUCUAAGAUCUUUGACACUCUUGCCAACCCCCAAAUGGCAAAAAUCUCGGGGUUCUGAAAAGUGGGAGAGAUGUCCUAACUUUCUUGGUGAAAGGGCUUCUGCAGGCAUUAUGGGUAUUCAAAGUCACCUGUCAUGCACACGUUUGUUGGCUGCCAUCUUGAAAUGAGAGAUUUAGUUUUUUUGACAUUGAGUCUUCCCAUUUGGUGCAGCGGCAAGUUGCGGUGGGCCGAAGAAUGUAAACAAUACCCCACCAAGUUAACAAUUCACACUAAUAAAACGCAACACCGCUAGGCGUUUACCUUUGGACUGAAUUUGCUAUCCAACAUAUGAAAACGAACCCUACAGAUGCUCUAAAUGUUUUAGGUGUGUGACUUUUCAAGACUAAAAGUGUGGGAAAUCAGUUGUCAACUCGUGAGAGCGUGAGCCUAGGUCGUGAAAUCGUGAGACUCACUACAAACUCGUGAGACUUGGCAAAUCUGUUAUGUAUUUCCAUACCCGAACCUGGGGUCAAUUUAAUAAAACUGUUACAAGUAUAAUUUACAAGUGUAGCCAUUGUUUAAGAGUCUGAAAACAAUAGCUACACUUGUAAAUUAUACUUAUAAAAGUUUUAUUAAGUUGACCCUUGACCCAAACUUCCGAAAAUCGAGUAACUGUUUCUUUCUGCUAAAUAAUCGUGCCCAGCCUUCUCAUGCAUUCAGAUUAGGUUGCCUUCUCCUGAAGUCGAACGCAAAAGUACGUCUGUGCUACCUGUGGUUCCAGCUUGAUGAAAAAUGUCUAUUUUGUAGGUUUUUUUCCCCCUGGCAUGCAAACCUGCUAUAAAAAUAAAUCAUUCUUGGACUGUCUAGAAUACCAGUCGUCCCUCACUUUUGUUCAGGAAUAGAGCGAGAAAGGCGAGACGCUGCUUCGGGUUAAGCACCUUUGAAAUAACGUCUUUCGCCAGAAAAAAAGACCCUUUUACUUGCUACUUAUUGAGUGGGGUGUGUCAUUUUCAAGCCGUGCAACAAAGGAACGUAUAAGUCAUGCUGUCCAUGCAUGUCAAAUAGUUACGACACCGCACA